GUACCCGUUCUCUGCACAACGAAACCAAAAACUCUCUCACCCAUCGAUACCAUUACACUUCUCAACUCUGCCAGUCUCUCUCUGUCUCUUUCCAAAAUAUCAAAAGCACCAAACAAAAGAAACCAAAUUCAAAUCCCAAAACACAAUAUAUAUUUUAAGUUUUUGGUACAAACAAAGCAAGUAUAUUUAUAUAUAAAGGCCAUUGCUUUUGAGCGUUUCAGAAGCAAGGGAAAAAUGGGUGUUGGAAUUCAAACAAUGUGGAGCAUUCUGCUAUUGUUUUCCUGCAUUUUUUCUGCAGCUUCAGCUUCUGUGAGUUAUGACCACAAGGCUAUAAUAAUUAAUGGGCAGAAAAGGAUUUUAAUUUCUGGCUCCAUUCACUAUCCCAGAAGCACUCCCGAGAUGUGGCCGGAUUUAAUUCAGAAGGCCAAAGAUGGAGGCUUGGAUGUUAUACAGACCUAUGUGUUUUGGAAUGGCCAUGAACCUUCUCCGGGAAAUUAUUAUUUCGAGGACAGAUAUGAUUUGGUCAAGUUUAUCAAGCUGGUGCAACAAGCAGGCCUAUUUGUUAGUCUCCGGAUUGGCCCUUAUGUUUGCGCUGAAUGGAACUUCGGGGGAUUCCCAGUUUGGCUGAAAUAUGUCCCUGGAAUCGCUUUUCGAACGGACAAUGAGCCUUUCAAGGCGGCAAUGCAAAAAUUUACAGAGAAGAUUGUCAGCAUGAUGAAGGCAGAGAAGCUGUUUCAAACUCAAGGAGGUCCUAUAAUUCUCUCUCAGAUAGAAAAUGAAUUUGGACCUGUGGAAUGGGAAAUUGGUGCACCUGGAAAAGCUUACACCAAAUGGGCAGCUCAGAUGGCUGUAGGCCUAGACACUGGAGUUCCAUGGAUUAUGUGCAAGCAAGAGGAUGCCCCCGAUCCCGUUAUUGACACUUGCAAUGGUUUCUACUGUGAGAAUUUCAAGCCAAAUAAGGACUAUAAGCCCAAAAUGUGGACAGAAGUCUGGACUGGUUGGUAUACAGAAUUCGGUGGGGCAGUUCCCACUAGACCUGCAGAAGAUGUGGCAUUUUCAGUUGCUAGGUUCAUACAAAGCGGCGGUUCGUUUUUGAACUAUUACAUGUACCACGGAGGAACGAAUUUUGGCCGAACAGCCGGAGGUCCCUUCAUGGCCACUAGCUAUGACUACGACGCCCCCUUAGACGAAUAUGGACUACCCCGGGAACCAAAGUGGGGACAUUUGAGAGAUCUGCACAAAGCCAUUAAAUCAUGUGAGUCUGCUUUAGUGUCCGUUGAUCCUUCAGUGACUAAACUCGGAAGUAAUCAAGAGGCUCAUGUAUUCAAAUCAGAGUCGGAUUGCGCUGCAUUCCUCGCAAAUUAUGACGCAAAAUACUCUGUUAAAGUGAGCUUUGGAGGCGGGCAGUAUGACCUGCCGCCAUGGUCCAUCAGCAUUCUUCCGGACUGCAAAACCGAAGUUUACAACACUGCAAAGGUUGGUUCGCAAAGCUCGCAAGUUCAGAUGACACCAGUACAUAGUGGAUUUCCUUGGCAGUCAUUCAUCGAAGAAACCACCUCUUCUGAUGAGACCGAUACAACUACAUUGGACGGGUUGUAUGAGCAAAUAAAUAUCACUAGGGAUACUACAGACUACUUGUGGUACAUGACAGAUAUCACAAUAGGUUCUGAUGAAGCGUUUCUAAAGAACGGAAAGUCCCCACUUCUUACGAUCUUUUCAGCAGGUCAUGCCUUGAAUGUUUUCAUCAAUGGUCAGCUAUCAGGAACCGUGUAUGGGUCAUUGGAGAAUCCUAAAUUAUCAUUCAGUCAAAACGUGAACCUGAGAUCUGGCAUCAACAAGCUUGCAUUGCUUAGCAUUUCCGUUGGUCUGCCGAAUGUUGGUACUCACUUUGAGACAUGGAACGCGGGAGUUCUAGGCCCGAUCACGUUGAAGGGUCUGAAUUCAGGAACAUGGGACAUGUCAGGGUGGAAAUGGACGUACAAGACUGGUCUGAAAGGUGAAGCUUUAGGCCUCCAUACUGUUACUGGGAGUUCUUCUGUUGAAUGGGUAGAAGGACCAUCGAUGGCUGAAAAACAACCCCUUACAUGGUACAAGGCUACUUUUAAUGCACCACCAGGUGAUGCUCCAUUAGCUUUAGAUAUGGGAAGCAUGGGAAAAGGUCAGAUAUGGAUAAAUGGACAGAGCGUGGGACGCCACUGGCCCGGGUACAUUGCACGCGGCAGCUGUGGCGAUUGUUCUUAUGCCGGAACUUAUGAUGAUAAGAAAUGCAGAACUCAUUGUGGCGAGCCCUCUCAGAGAUGGUACCACAUUCCUCGAUCAUGGUUGACCCCGACUGGGAAUCUUUUGGUGGUGUUCGAAGAAUGGGGUGGUGAUCCGUCAAGGAUUUCGUUGGUUGAAAGAGGUACAGCCCUCGACGCGAAGAAGCUCUAGGUUGAGGCUGUCUGCAGAUCCAGCAGAUACGUAGAUUACUAAAUACGUGAAGUGGUUGUGUACGUAGACAAUCUAUUAAUUGUUGGAAAAAAAUAGCUCCACAUGAUAUACGAAGGAUUACAUACAAAGUUUGCAGUCAGUAGAUUUGCGGAAGCAUUUUCCAUUGUAAGUUUGUAACAACUUAUGGAAAAGAUUUCCUUUUCCUUUACAAGAAUAAAUGGAAAACUAAUAGAGACUACUUUUAUCCUUGUC